AUGGCUGCCACCAAACCAACCACAGUCAGCAAGAAGCUUCUGAUAGACCCAAAAUCUGACAGAAUUCUGUUUGCAGAAGCUGGUAAAGAUUUUGUUGAUUUUCUUUUCUAUAUCAUGUCAUUACCUGUUGGAACUGUGGUAAGGCUCCUUGGUAAACAAAGAACAGUGGGGUGCCUUGGGAACAUUUAUGAAAGCAUUGAAAAUUUGAACGAUUAUUACUACAUGAAAUCAGCAGCUACAAAACUCUCUUGUUGCCAAGCAUGCAAUCCUCCAAAGUCCAAAUACACCAACCUUUACUGGUGUAAAAACCAUCAAAAUUACAAUGGUGGCACUGCAUAUGUUGCAAAUCAUCCAACAGCCGCUUGUCCUUCCUGCGGACAUUAUUUUAUGAAAUCUAAUGAUGUACUUUUUGUGAAUCCCACAAACAAUGGCGUACCAGACUCGGGUGAGGAAGCUUUGAUCAAGAGGCCAGCAACUUUCAUGAUAAUGGAUGAUCUGGUGGUGAGGCCUAUGUACACUAAUUCUAUUAUCACUUUGCUUGACAAGUUCAACAUCAAGGAUGUGAACGAUCUUGAAGAGAAAACCAUUGGUGUGGGAGUUAAUGAGGCGGUGGAAUUGCUUAGGGCAUCGAUGCAGUCCAAGACAGUGCUUACUGAUGUUUUCCUUGGUGGGAAGAAAAAGUCCUCUGAAGUCUGA